AUGAAUACGUUCUCAGCCUCAGUCCCGAUUGAUUCCGUUACCACUCCCAUUCCUUUUGCUUUUACCACGGGUAAUGUCGGAACUUCUCCGAUAAUCUCUUCCGCCGCCACCACCGCAAACAUCAACAACAUGACUACCGCCCUUCCCGCUGUCAGUGGAGUUGUAAUUGGUACCGCAUCUACACUUGCCGUACCUCACAACGACUUUGGUGCCGCGCGAAUCGAGAUUGAAUGA